GAACGGACUGACGCACUUGCGUGCGGGAGGGCGCGGCGGUAGGCAGAGGCGCUAGGCAGCGGCGGCGAGCUGCGAACGGCGAGUGGCGUUCACACCCCGGCCACCAUGAGCACCAAGCAGGUCACUUGCAGGUACUUCAUGCAUGGAGUGUGCCGAGAGGGCAGCCAGUGCCUGUUCUCGCAUGACCUGGCCAACAGCAAGCCAUCCACCAUCUGCAAGUACUACCAGAAGGGCUGCUGCGCCUACGGGACACGGUGCAGGUAUGAUCACACCAGGCCCUCAGCUGCAGCUGGGGGGGCUGCGGGUCCCCCGCCCCCCACUCGGCCCUCCGCAGCCUUCCCGGGUCCUCCCCCUCCUUCUGACCUCACCUCGGCUGCCGUGAAAACACCGUCCCGAGAGCCUGGGCUCGGGCGUCGGGAGAAGAGGACGCUGGUGCUCAGAGACCGGAAUCUCUCUGGCCUGGCUGAAGAGAAAACUCCCCCAGGCGUGGCCCCAAGUCACCCAGCUGGCUACAGCGAGCCCCAGCCUGGCCCCGAGAUGAAGCCCCAUUCCUACCUGGAUGCCAUUAGGAGUGGCCUUGAUAACGUGGAGGCUGGCAGCUCCUACAGCAGUGAGCAGCAGCUGUGCCCCUACGCCGCAGCCGGGGAGUGCCGCUUCGGGGAUGCCUGUGUCUACCUGCACGGGGAUGUGUGCGACAUCUGCAGGCUCCCAGUCCUGCAUCCUUUUGACUCAGAACAGAGGAGCGCUCAUGAGAAGGUCUGCAUGGCAACCUUCGAGUUUGAGAUGGAGAAAGCCUUUGCCUUCCAGGCGAGCCAGGACAAGGUGUGCAGCAUCUGCAUGGAGGUGAUCCUUGAGAAGGCAUCGGCCUCCGAGAGGAGGUUUGGGAUCCUGUCCAGCUGCAACCACACCUACUGCCUGUCCUGCAUCCGCCAGUGGCGCUGUGCCAAGCAGUUCGAAAACCAGAUCAUUAAGUCUUGUCCAGAAUGCCGUGUAAUAUCCGAGUUUGUCAUCCCAAGUGUGUACUGGGUAGAAGAUCAGGAUAAAAAGAAUGAGUUGAUCGAAGCUUUCAAACAGGGGAUGGGGAAAAAAGCCUGUAAAUACUUCGAGCAAGGUAAAGGGACCUGUCCAUUUGGAAGCAAAUGCCUCUACCGCCAUGCUUACCCUGACGGGCGGCUGGCAGAGCCCGAGAAGCCCCGCAAACAGCUCAGUUCUGAAGGCACUGUGAGGUUCUUUAAUUCAGUGCGGCUCUGGGAUUUCAUCGAGAACCGUGAAACCCGUCAGGUCCCCAGCACUGAGGAUGUGGACGUGGCUGAGCUUGGGGACCUCUUCAUGCACCUUUCCGGAGUCGAGUCACCGGAACCCUGAAGGCAGCAGCCGCCCUGCACACUGGGCGCUGUCGGCACCCACUCUGCCAGGACGCCGCCGCAUGUAGCCCGCCGCUUGGAGCUGAGCAGAUUGCCCUUGCUCUUGAUCUUACCCACUCCAGUAUGACAGUCCAGGGACACGAGGAGGAUAUAAAAUAACCUACUAAACAUAUGCAAUCACUAUUUUUAUAGUUGAUAUCUUAGUUGAACCUGCAGCUCCUCAGGGGAGUUAACUGUCUGGACUGUUUUGAUUGCUUUUAGGGCAACCUGGCUCCUAUCCUUUUUGACCUGUUUUCUCCUCAGAAACAGUAAAUUGGUAGCGCAGAUUCAUUUUUCUUACCAAAGGAUUCUGCAAACCUGCAAAAGGAUUACUCUACAGUGAAGCUCUCUUGUGCUUUAAACAGUGGGUAUAAGAGCACCUGACACAGACUGUGCUGGGCUGAGUCCCUCCAGUGCUCUAGGGCAGAGCCGUGGGCACGUGCCGCAUGCGCAGCAACAGUGCAAGGCCCUGUCUUCUGCCUGGGAAAUGGAGUCCCUGCCCUCCCGGGGGCUCGUGCCCACCGUGGUCAUUCUGCUGAGGGUUCUAAACCCACGUUGCUAGUACUCAAGCCAUCCCAUCUUACCUGAAGGCCUGGUGUAGGUGAUUUGUAAAAACUUUGGCACGCUGAAAGCAUUUCUGGUCCUGAAGAGACCUGAGGCCAAGUCUUCUGCCAUCAGUUUGAUUUUAACUGAAGAGUUGAUGUGAUCAUGCAAGUCAGAACCAAUUUUUCCAAACCUGAAUUUAUUUUUGUAAAAAGCUAUAGAUUAUCAAAUGUUUUAUAAAGUGCAUUACUUGAAGUGUGGUAGAAGCUCUCUUCUCUGACCUUAGAGUCCUUUUUGCUUUUUACAGUUAGGCCAUAUGAAGUCUAUUCCACUUGCUCGAAUUCUGCUGUAGAAGAAAGGAAGCAGAACUGCAGCGGGAGCCUGGCCUGCUUCCAAAGGAGUUAACAGCCAUCAAACCUAGAUUUAAUUUAUUUUAUUAAAAUAACAUAAUUGAGGAACAAUCAGAUAACUUGUAUCUUGUCAGGUGCAAUAAAAACAAAAUUAAAACCCAGAUCAUCAAGAAAA